AUGGAUACACCAAACAAUAUCUUUCAGUCCGGACAAUACAAACACAAUCGUAUAUUGCUUUCAUGGCUGGGGCAAUGGCCCUUUCAAAAGAACAGAGACAGAUGGAUUAUCCUUGUUGUCGUGUCAUUUAUUGCCAUAACGCAGUUUACUUCUCAGGUACUUGCUUUAGUGACGUUACGCGGCGAUCUAGAUGCGACUCUUGAAUGUAUAGCACCACUUUUAGUAAACUGUCUUUGCAUCGUUAAACUAACAAAUUUGGUUUGUAAUACGAAGAAGAUCAAGAUACUUCUUAUGCACAUACAAAGAGAUUGGCAAUCGUGGAUCAUCGACAGCGAAUUCGAAAUUUUGUACAAAUUUGCCGAGAGUGGAAGAAAUAUCACAAUCGGUUAUGCUUGUGGCAUGUAUGCGUUUGGCAGCCUCUUUCCGAUAAUGGCGAUAAUUCCGAAGAUAAUUGGCAGAAAUAUAACUUCUAACUAUUCGACGCGACCAGUGGGAUUUCCAUAUCAUGUCGAAUAUUUUGUAGAUCUCGACAAGUACUACUAUCCCGUGCUGAUUCAUAAUUAUUUAACCACUGCCAUUCGUCUCACUGUCAUAGUCGCGUCCGAUACCUGCGUAAUUAUCUUGGUUCAACAUUGUUGCUCAUUGUUUUCAAUCAUUAGAUACCGAAUGGAACAUAUACGAAAGUCUAUUGAAGAAGACAAAAAGCUCGCUUUUCUUGAGGAAGAUGAUAAGAUUUACAAGAAUUUCGUGUAUUGCAUUCGAAAACACGAAGAUGCUAUACAAUUUGCGAAUUGCUUGGAGAUUAUUUACAAAAAGGCACUCUUCGUGGAAGUCGGUUUGAUCGUAUCGAUGAUGAGUUUGUCAGCUCUACAGGCGACCAAUGAUACUCUCACGCCACAAAUCGCAAUCCGACAUGGCGGAUACAUAAUAGCUCAAUUAUUACAUUUGUUUACUUUAUGUUGGUUAGGACAACAAAUAAUCGAUCAUAGUGAUCGUGUAUAUACAUCAAUUUAUCGAGGCGAAUGGUAUGAAACAUCAUCGAAAUCAAGAAAACUUUUAAACAUGAUAAUGUUGAGGAGCAUCUCACCUUGUACAUUGACCGUUGGAAAAAUUAUGGUUCUUUCUCUUCCCAGUUUUAGCGCGGUCGUACGUGCAUCUGCUUCAUAUUUUACAGUCUUACAAUCUGUACGAUAAAUGUAAAGCUUUCAGAAUUUCUCUUCUAAAAAGUGUAAAAUUAUCGAUGUAAAAAAAUGUUGUAUAAUAUUACGUCGUUUAAAUAAUGAUAAAAUGUGUGUCACUCAUAUUGACGAUAAA